AUGCGCGCAUCCCUAAUUCUGUCGGCGAUCUGCGCCGCAGGCGCGGCGUCGCCCAUCGCGGCCGUCGGCGACGACACGACGUACGUGGUCGAGGCCGGCCCCGCGUCGCUGACGCCUUGGAACGUGUGGCCCAGCUGGUCCAACGCGUCCAACGUGUCCAACUACUCGAAUCUCAGCAACGCGACCGCGCAGGUGGCCGCGCCCAAGCUGGAGGUGAUCGUCACGGGCGGCCAGUACACGAUGUCCAACUGGAGCUCGGAGGUGCACGUGACCCGGCUCUUCAACCAGUCCACGCUCAACGCGACGCAGCUGGCGCGCGUCGCGCAGAGCGUCGAGGGCGCCCUCGAUGGUGGCGAGUACACGGGCGUCGUGGUGCUCGGGGCCGGGCGCGCGCUCGAGGCGCUCGGGUUCUACCUGAGCGUCGUGGUCGACACGCCUGAGAACGUGGUGGUCGCGUCCGCGCUGGAGGACGGCGUCGCGACCGCGUGGUCCGCGUGGAGCUGGUUCCGCGGCGCGCUCGUGGUCGACGGCGGCGUCAUCUACUCCGGCGCCGCCUACAGCCCCAGCGCGCCCGGCUGGGGCGCGCUGGGCUCCGUCAUCGCCGGGGCGCCCCGCUACUGGUUCACGCCCGCGUGGCCCACGCUGCUGGCGCCCUGGGGCUCGCUCCGCGUCAACUUCACCAACUUCACCGACAUCGUGCCCGCGCCCGCGGCCAACGCGACCAACAGCUCCUCCAGCAUGACCGUGCCCGUCGUUUUCGACGGCUACUACGACCCCUCCAUCGUGUCCUCGCUGAGCACCGCCAUCGCCGGGCUCGUGGUCGUGUCCUCGGGCAACUCCACGGCCUCGGACCUGACCUCCUCCAACAUCCCCGUGGUCUUCACCUCGGACGACGGCGCCACCAUCCUGCCCGAGGACGUGCCCGCGGGCGCCAUUGCGGGCGGCGACCUGUCGCCUCUGAAGGCCCAGCUGCUGCUCUCCAUCGCGCUCUCCAAGGACGUUAAGGAAACCUCCUCGCUGCAGCAGCUCUUCGCCUAG